AUGGUUCUUAAAAACAAGAGAAAGAUCAGGUCGAAGACCAUGAGGAUGAUGCUGACAUGGUCACAUUAUAGAUUUAGGAUGUUUUUGCACCACAAAGCUAGGGAAUUUGUGAGUUGUAAAGUUAUCGAAUAUACCGAAGAAUACACAUCUAAAACAUGCGGUAACUGCGGAUCGAUCAAUAAAAAACUUGGUGGAUCCAAGAUUUUUAGAUGUGAUUCUUGUAGUUUAGAAAUAGAUAGAGACAUGAACGGUGCCAGAAAUAUCUUACUCAAACGUAUCACAGAGGGUCAGGUUAAUCCUGACUUUGGGACUUGA